AUGGAGAACCCAGCAUUUUCGGGCGUUAUUGCUCCAAGCAAAACACUUUUGGCCUUUGCUAUCGCUAUUGUGAAACAUAAACCUCCAGACAAAGACGUCAAAGACUAUAUCCUGGAGAUCCGCCACUUUAUUCGACACGGCUUGCCAGUCGAGUCGUCCGACAAGUUCUUCGACAGUGUCGCUUUCUGGCAAAAGGCAUACGGAGAAUCCGAGGCAGAGCAGGCAAAACUACUCAACAAAGUCUUCGAGCUGGAACAACGUACUCAGGGCCUUCUGUCAAAGAUCAACGAAGCCCAAAGCGCCAGCAAUACAUUUUCACCAUCUAACAAACGGAAAGCCUCUUCAUCAGGGAGGCUGAAAGGUUUGGAUCCGCCAAGGAAGAAGGCGCAAUCCCGCAACUCACAGGCUCAACGGGUCAAAGCCACCGAUAAUGAGGAUGAUGAAGAUUCCCGCAAUGAAAAUGUAGACCCAAAACUCAUGAGACAACUGUACACCGUUGAACGUGCUCUCCAAAAGAGGUAUAACAGCAAGCCACUCACAACCGAUGCCGUUACUCUGUGUAAAAUAGCAGAGUCGGAGAUUUUGGGUGCUAUAAUCCGACUGAAUACACCGGAAAGCCAAUCGAAGAUCCCUUCCAAUCAGCAGAACCGAAAACCAGAUCUGACUACCAUCACCAAAGCUACAGAACUAUCGUUCAACUUGGUCCACCAAGCUCUACACAAAGUGAUAGGAGCGCAAGGAGAAGAUUAUUGCAAGGGGCAGAUAAUCUACUACCUCGUGUGUCUUUUUGAAUCUACAAUGGGUUCCCUCACUCAGCUUUGCACGGCAUCACCACAGACCGUUUCAAGCACGGUUCUCCAGGAAACUUCAAAGGGCAACCGAAAGAAAACUCAAAGUCAAGGAAACAGCCAAAAGAAAAAAGCAUCAAUGAUUUCAAAGGAAAAGAGAUUGAAAAUUGAGAAGAAAGAAGCUCACCUUCUGCUCGACCUGCUAUGCACAAUGGCAAUGUCUCUAGAUUUGACCCGAAAUGAAGACCAGGAGGUGAUGGAGGGAUUUCUUUUCAUUGUUAUAAACCGCAGGGGGGUACUGGGUAACCAGGUCUCUGAUACGGAGAUUAUGAACUCUCGGUUCAUUCUGAACACGAAGAGGCGUUUGCAGAAGACUCUCAUGCAGGCGGUCUUUGGAGAUGACGACCCGUUGUUUCGAGGAGGGUUGGUUCGUCCCGCAACGCCUCCGGCUUUGAGUGAUAAUGGUCGAUCAUCCACCCGACAGAAGUUCCCUGAAUGGUUUACUGAGGAGCUAUGGCGCUUGGUUGGUUGGGAUCUUUUGAAUUUCAUCCCGGAAAGAGGAUAA